UAUUAAAUCAUUCAAGGAAGAAAUAUGCAUAUGCUUCUUAAAAAUAACUGGAUUUGGAAAGAUAUCCAGGAUAGAUGGGCUUUCCAUGACAUAGACUUUGGCGAAUCCAAAGUGGAAGCAAUAUAUCAGCAGCAGGUCCUCAGAACUAUCAGGAUAAACUGGAAAUUUCUCUUACUCAUAUUCAAGAUUAUAUUCUUCAUUAUAUUUGUCCUUUUCCAAUUCGACAACCAGGAUGAGCCAUCAAUAAAGAGAGUCAUUCCCCUCUUACUGAUCUUACUUUUCUUCGGGUUAGAUUAUUCAAUUCGGAGGAGUAAGUUUAUAGCCAAAUAUGGAGCAGUGGUGAUCAUAGUUAUCCUUGGACUUUUCAUGACUAAAGUGAACCUCUCACUAAAAUAAAUUCAGGCUUUAUGAAGGAUUUCUAGUACAUUUUUCGGUUUCCAUCUUAUUGUCAACCUGAGUUAUAUCAGACUGGAAGGUGCCAUCAAUUGCUGUGAUAUUGAUAUAUUUGAACCUAAUGAUAAGGCUUGAUAUGAAUUUUGAAAAUGUGCCGCCUACUCUGAAAAUUGCAAUUGUGUUUGCCCUUUUUAUGUUUGUAUUUACUGCCUUUUUGGUUUAUCGGACCUCUAAAAAGGAGUUCUUAUCAACAUACAAAGCAAAGCAAGUAUCUGCACAGCUAAACAAGGUUCUUCAAGGACUUCCAGAAGGCGUUAUCAUUAUGAACGACCCAGGGAAUAAACUAAAAUUUAUCAACCAGAAGCUAAAAAUCACGCUAGACCUCAGUAUUUUCCAAAAUUGUGGUAAGAAGAUUGAUCGCUUGGCAGAAAUGAAGCAAUCAAUCGAAGAUAGCUUUGAAAAAAUUUACCACAAAGCAUCAGGAGAUUCACUAAGUGCUCAAGACUCAAAGGAUUUCAUCGAUAAUAUACUUAGCAAACUCCAGGUCCGCAUCAAGAGUAAGAGAAUUGAAGAGUCAAAAGGAAACAACCCUGAUGUAGAAAAGGAAGAAUAUAUGCAGCUCUCAUUGCCUACAUUCCUUCAAGAUGAAAGAGAGUUAAGCAUGCAUGAACAAUUUAAUGAAAGGAGCACAAAGGUAUGUAUAACCUACGACUCCAGCAUAUUCGAUGAAGGUACUGAGUUAGUACACAGAGAUUUCAUCGUUAAAACUUCUAAGAUUGAUGUAAUUGGAGGGGAUGAGAAGAGUUCAACUUUCUUACAAAUGUUUAUUGACACUACUCAGAUCACUCUGCUUGAAGAAGCUAGAGCCCAGAGUAAUUAUCAGAGGCAGAUGUUAUCCAAUGUAUCUCAUGAAUUCCGGACUCCUCUCAACGCCAUGGGGCUCUCUCUGUAUUUAAUGAAGGAUCAUCUGAGUGGAGAAUUACUGAAGUUCCAUCGAAUCGCCUCCUCAUCGUGUGACAUUUUGAAAACCCUUGUUGAAGAUAUUUUGGAUUUCUCUAAGAUCGAAGCUGGAGUUUUUCAAAUUGAACAGUCAGAAUUUACAUUUAAAGAGCUCUUUGAUGAGAUCAAAGACAUCUUUGAAAUGCAGGUUCAGACGAAGCCUGUCAGCCUCAACUUCAAAAUGGAUAAUAUUUUUCAAAACCAAAAAAUCAAAACUGAUAAGCAAAGGGUUAAGCAGAUUUUGAUGAAUUUAGUAUCAAAUUCGGUCAAGUUCACUGAUCAAGGCUCGAUAGAUGUUCAAUUAAGAAUUAAGCCAAUAAGAGAUGGCUUAUGAAAAUAAGCUCAGCUGGAAUGGAUGUGAUCUUUCAAAAAGUAUAAUUUCGGAAGGGCUAGAUGAUAUUUUUGAUGAGAUGCCAGUCCUUGCAAUCAACUUUUGUUCAAAUCAUUAUAGUUUUAAUACUAAUCCCUCUAAAUUUGAUUCUGACCCAUGAACGCUUGAGAAAAGGAGAGUUUUUCCAAGGACUGUUAGAAUUGAAGAGGAAGAACCAAUUCAUCCAGAAUUCACUAGGGAGCUUAAGGUAGAAAUGACAGUUUCAGAUACUGGAAUAGGAAUACCAGAAAAAGACCUAUCUUCUCUUUUUAAACUAUUUGGAAAGACUAGUUCCGACCAUAAUCGAAACAAGACUGGAACUGGACUAGGUCUGACUAUUUGUAGGAAACUUUGUCAGAAAUUAGGAGGGAAUAUAAAUCUGAAAUCUCAAGAAGGAGUUGGCACAGAAGUUACCUGCACAUUUGUAUGCCUUUACUAAAGUAAACCAUAUUUUUAUUAUUCACCCA